AUAUCUGGUCUAUUAUAUCUGGUCUUGGAUGUCACCAACAAAUAAUCUCCCACCCCUAUUUCAAACAUCUAAUAUCAUGUCAUCUCUUGUUCCUCUAGAUGUACCACAUAGUAGUUCCCACGAACUAUCAUCGAUUUUCGUGUACCUUCCAAGUCUUCGAAGUCUUUGGGUGGAGUGCAGUUCAGAACGUCAACUUUCUCAUGAUGCAGCAAUAAUUUUGGAUGCCUUGCAUACCAUAAAUCGUAAGGAGUUGGAACCAACUGCAACUACGUCACAAGUAUCAAAACAUUCCUUGAAGUCUCUUUUAAUUCAAAUUGGAAUGAAUUGCCAAGCCACUAAUAUUCUGAAAGAUAUAAUUUUACAGAAUAUAGAUGUCAAUAGGAGUGGUGGUUGUUUGCUUCCUGGUGAUAGUUAUCCAAAUUGGUUAACCUUUCUUUCGGAAGGUUCUUCUGUAACUUUAGAAGUCCCUCAAGUGGAAGGGCGUAACUUGAAGACAAUGAUGUGCAUUGUCUAUACUUCAACCCCAGAUAACAUAACAUCAAGUGGCCUUAAAAAUGUGUUGGUAAAAAAUUACACAAAGGCCACCAUUCAGCUCUACAAGAGCGAAGCAUUAGCCUCCUUUGAAGAUGAGGAGGCUCUGAGGGUAGUAUCAAGUAUAGAACCCGGUAACAAAGUGGAGGUCGUUGUUGUUUUUGAGAACAGUUUCAUUGUGAAAAAGACAGCAGUUUAUCUCGUAUACGAUGAACCAUCUGUCAAGAGAUUCUCUACUGAAGAGGAGCCCAAUGAUGACUUCAAUCAGAACAGAAAGAAGAAAAACCGAGUGGAAUGAAUCAAUGGAAGAUAGUAAAGCAAUGGCCGAGCAAAAAUCAAUUUUAUGAUGACUGCUAACAAUUGUUUUCCAUUUUUGGCUUACAAGCUGCUCUGUCAUUGUCUGAUUUUUGGUCUGUAGUUUCUAGAUUUUAUUCUUGGUGAAUUUUUGUAUUCAAAAAGAGUUCUGAAAGAUUCUAAUUUGUUCUGUUACAAUUCUUCCAUGUUAUAUACCAUUUAAAUGUCUUUUAACAAAAUGGACUCAAAUAGUUAUAGCAUUUAAAUGUUUAGCAAACGGUGUAAGGCGCUCUCAUUAUAGACCCUGAAUGAUCAGCUAUUUGAACCGUAUUAUGAGUUAUAACAUUCAUAUGUCUUCUAACAAAUUGGACAGGACAGUCUUCAACCUAGUUUAGCAAUGAGUUCAUUCACCAUAACAUUUGUCUCUAAGGUUGUGACUUCUUACUUUUCACCAAUAUGUUGGAUAUGUAUACUUGAAACGGUUGAUCAGUUUUUGAAAGGGGGUAAGUGCCCACCAUAAAUCUUUCCUUGAUUGCGAUAAUUGACAAGACAUUAUUUAGCUCAAUGUGGGACAGUUAUGCUACCUUCCUCUCCAAUUCACAAUUAGGGGUACUCUAAACUAGUUGAAUGAGUGUGCAGUUUGGAAGUCACCAAGGAGUAAGCUGCACAGAAGAGGAGUUUGCAGAAACCAUGGGAGACAGCAUCCUGAUACUGAAAUGUGAUUAUAAGUUGCAUUAGGCGACGCUAAAAGCUGAACAAUCUGGCUUCAACUAUGUACUGAGUGGUGACUAACAGUGUCAUAGUCGUGAUUCGGGUUAAAAGCUGCUUAUAGCGGCUGAGAAUCAGCCAAAACCUAUAGUAGUUAAAAGGGAAGGUAGUUCCUCUUUUUAAAGUCCGUUUUUAUUUUUUUAAUGUUCAAAAAGAAAAAAACUAACUUGUUUGUAUACAGGGAUGAUAUUUUGUACUUUAUCUGUUUAUUUUAGUUUUUUUUUUUACUGACAAAUGUUAGUAUGUUAAAUUGUAAAGAUAUUUUAGUUAAAAUGUGGGUAAUGAA